AUGUUUAUUGAGGUUGCUGGCGCUGGAUGCAGGCCGCUACCAACCGUGCAAUGCGGUCGAUUCUGCUCAUUCUCGCCUUGCAUAGAGCAAGUGCAGCGGACGUGCUCAGCGCUGCAGGAGCACGGCUUCGAGGAGCUGACGACGAUGGAAGUGCUGCAGACCGAGCUCAAGGUCACCAGGAGGACCGUGCCUGUGAGGGACUUGUCCUUCUUGAGACACAAGAGCUCCGAAAAGCCGGUGGAAGAGAAACCAAGCGGUGACACUACUUUCGUGGUGGCCGCGUGGCCCACCAGCUCUCCCGGCCACACCGGCUAUCUCACCGUGGCUACACUACCUCCGAUGUUCGCUAGAAGUAACAAAAAAGGUGCCAAGUCUGAAAUCAGUGUAGAAAAAAAUGAAACUGGAAAUGGAGAAAAAAUGGCUAUCGACGAGGCAAAUAAUGAUUAAGAGCAAUUUGUACAU